AUGGUGUUCUUGGAAUGCCAGCUCUUCUUGGAGGAUCCCAAGGUGUUACCUGGCCAGCCGGGAGUCAUUGUCUCUCCAGCGUGUCCUGGAUCGGCCCCGCGGCCUCCUCCCCAUGGGACGUGCCUGGAACACCUCACUAGAGAGACGCCCUGGAGGCAUCCAAAUCAGAAGUCCUUGUCACCUCAUCUGGCUCCUCUCGAUGUGGAGGAGCAGCGGAUUUACACCAAACCUGUCCCCGAUGACCGAGCUUCUCACCUUAUCUCUCAGGGUCCCGGAUCUUGUUCUUUCAGCCAUGACCCACAGUUCGUGACCACAGGUGAAAGUAGGAAUGUAGAUCAACUUUCGGCUCAGCUCCCUCUUCACCACGACAGACCGAUGCAAAGUCUGCAUCACUGCAGAUGCUGCACCGAUCAGCCUGAUGUCACUCGGCAAGACGACUUUGCAGGACCAGAGGAGUGUCUCGACAGGAAGCCCACGCGUGCGUCAUGUGACCUCAUAUUUUGUCGCCCCUGGGAGCGAUGCAUCGAAGGACGUUGCUCCUGCAAGCCCCCGUAUUUGUGUCCCACCGACGACGUCGCACCUGUCUGCGGGCGGAACGGUCGUCAAUACCGCUCUUACUGCCAGGUCAUGGCUCUCUCGUGUCGCUCUGGAAAGUCGGUCAUGUCCCACUUCGGGCAAGAGUGCUCAGGGGAGCGAGCCAAGUUCAAGAGCGUCCUGGAUCCUGUUACGGGUGCCGUCACCCUCUUCGUUCCUGACGGCGCCAAUCCCACAGGAGGGAAACACUUGCUAGUUUGCGGAAAGAAUUGGGAUGUGGCCGCUGCCAACGUGGCCUGUGUGGAUGAAGACCACCCGCUAGGUGCUGCUUCUGCCGGCUCACUUGCCCUGGGAUCUCCAGGUCUAGCUGAAGUAGUAAGGAGAUUUCCUGACGGCUGUGUCAGCGUUCGCUGCCGGGGUUUUGAAAAGUCUCUGGCCGAGUGUGACAUUCGCGAGCAUGCUCAGAUCGGUGAAGAAGGGAUCGCCACGGCCACGUGCUAUGGGCAGGCGCCAGAAGAGUGCGGCUUUUCCUGCGCUAACGGAAAGUGCGUCUCCUCCAACCGGACGUGCGACGGCAUCGACGACUGCGGCGAUCUCAGCGACGAGAUGUGCUGCAAACGUUGCAGAGGUAGCGCCUUCCGCUGCGGGACGGGCGUCUGUGUGAACGCUGACGCGGUGGGCGACGGAGAGAUGGACUGUUUGGCGGGAGAAGACGAAGCGGUGACGCACAAGACGGCGGAAGUUAAGUGGAACGGCACAGAGUACAUCUCUCCUAGAGAAGAAACCCGUCUCAACCGGGCCUAUCUCGAGUCCAAGUUGCAGUGCGGUGUUCCGAAUGCAACUGCGGCCGAAGAGGACGUGAAGGACCGAGUGAGCCGCGUCAAGCGAGUCAUCGGUGGCGUCGCGGCCAACCGGACCCAGAUCCAGUGGCAGGUGGGAAUAGACGAAAACGGGAAGGUGAACUGCGGGGGGACUUACAUCGGAGGUUGCUGGAUUGUCACAGCGGCUCACUGCGUCAGACCUAAUCCGUCAGCGUUUCAUAUCAAGUUUUCCAUCUGGAAGAAGUCGACACCUCAGGACACCACUGACAUCAUUCCCGUGGGCGACAUCAUCAUCCACCCCAGGUACAACUCCAGCACGUACGAGAACGACAUCGCCCUGGUGCGCCUUAAGGACCUACCGCAAGAGCCAGGGAAGUGUAUGGUGGACAACCCGGCGGUGAAACCAGCCUGUGUGCCUUGGUCUACGCAACUCUUCCAAGCUAACCAUACGUGUAGCAUCUCCGGCUGGGGGCGCACAGGAGCUGGAAAAGCUUCGCAGGUUCUUCUGUGGGCUAGUGUGUCCCUCAUCCACGAUUGCCAGCGUUUCUACAAAGACCGCUUCAGACCAGGGAUGAUGUGCGCCGGUGACCUGGACGGGAACGUCGACUCCUGCCAGGGGGACAGCGGCGGCCCACUCGUUUGUGAGGACCAUUUGGGCGUGUCCUACCUGUGGGGCGUGGUCAGCUGGGGCGACCAAUGCGGCCAGCCGGGGUUCCCGGGGGUUUACACCCAGGUGGCGCACUACUUUGAGUGGAUCCGCCUGCACACAGGUUGGCCCGCUAUCACCAGGUUCAACUCUUGA